GCAGAAAGUUCCAUCUCAUCCUUCACACGUAGAGCCAUGAGGUUGAUUUUAUUGCUUGCACUCUGUUCGACGGUCGCUCUCAGUACAAGACAUCACACUACGAAGUGGCAGUGUUCUGUAACAGCGCUCAACACUUCUGUGCAUGUGGAUUGCUCUGACAGAAAUUUAAAAGACAUCCCUGAAAAGCUCCCUUGGAAUGUGACAGAACUCAACCUUUCUGGAAAUCAGAUCAAAUAUGUGGCGGCAGUACCUCUCAGACAUCUAUUCAAUUUAACUGUUAUUGAUUUAAAUAGCAACUUUAUUGAAUACUUUGAUAAUAAGGAGCCUCCAUUUUUACACUGUGAAGGUUUAAAAACACUGCUUUUUGACCAUAACAAACUUUCCAAAGUGCCGAGACAACUGCCUGUGAGACUAUCUAAUCUGAGUUUGGCAUCAAAUCAAAUCAACUCUGUUAAGUCAGAAGACUUUGCAAACCUUUCACUCAUCGAAUCCAUCAACCUUGACAACAACUGUUAUUUCCAUAGCAGCUGUAACGGAUCCUUGAUGAUUGAAAAUGGGACUUUUUCUAAUCUCAACCACCUGACCAACCUCUCCUUGACUAUGAACCGAUUACAAAAAGUCCCCCAGUACUUGCCAGAGUCCUUAAUGUCUCUGAAACUACUUCUAAAUACGAUUGCACACAUAAACAAAUCGGAUUUCAGCGGUUUGACUUCACUGCGAUUUCUUGACCUGUCUGGUAACUGCCCCUUUUGCCCUAACGCCCCUUUCCCCUGUAAGCCCUGUGGAGACAACGGCUUGGUCAUCCACCCCCAGGCUUUUGCUCAUCUGGCCCAGCUCGAGGAACUGCGUCUGUCUGGGAACUCUCUGCAGACGGUGAACUCCGCCUGGUUUCGGAACCUCACUCGCUUGCAGUACUUGUUCCUCUCCUUCAACUUCCUCAUCACCGAGAUCCAAACCGGAAGUUUUCUCUCCAUGCUACCACACGUCGAAGUCAUUGACCUGUCCUACAACAAUCUCAACAAGGCUCUGUUUCCACGGUUAAAUAUUUCGCAACAUUUUGCAAACAUGACAUCGCUGAGGGCCUUGCACCUUCAAGGCUAUUACUUCUCAAAGCUUCUCAGCGAUGACCUGAAACCCCUUUACAACUUACGAAAUCUUACUGUGCUGAAUAUGGGAGUCAAUUUCCUCCAGAAGAUAGAUUUCUCCUUUUUGAAACUGUUUUAUGACUUGUCUGUUUUCACAUUAGUUGAAAAUCAACUAACAAAUCUUCUUCUGACACCAGAGUCGAGUUGUUGUCUCACUUGCGGAAAAGUCGGGGCAUCUGGACAUAGCGAUCUACCAAUCCUCUUCAGGCCAUACAUUCAUCGCGAUGAGGACUACCGGUUUUAUCCCCCAGCGAUCAAGCCGGAGUGUGUCAAUGCUGGCAAUGUGCUGGACCUCAGCCGGAACUUAAUCUUUAAUAUAAAUCCAAAGUUGUUCAGCAACACGGAAAACAUUGCCUGUCUCAAUCUCUCCUCAAACUCCAUAGGGGAGACUUUAAAUGGCUCUGAGUUCAGACUUUUUCCAAAACUGAAAUAUCUGGAUUUGUCUCGCAACAGGCUUUACCUGUCAUCAGAUCAGGCCUUCACUGAAUUACCAUACCUGGAAAUCUUAGAUUUAAACCACAACAAACACUACUUCCAGGUGGUUGGGCUAAACCACAGUUUAGCAUUCACCCGAUAUCUAAAGUCGCUAAAAGUCCUUUACUUAAAUUGGAAUGAGAUUAGCUCACUGACAGAGCCUCACAUGCAUAGCACAUCUCUGCAGAAGUUGUACUUUGCAGGAAAUCAACUGGACAUGAUGUGGCGCAACAGCCAAGGUUUCAACUUAUUCAAAAACCUUACGAAUUUACAAAUACUUGAUCUUUCCUUGAAUGGUCUGAAAAGCAUUCCUAACAGUGUAUAUGAGAACUUGCCGGACACUUUAACAUAUCUACGCCUGAAUCAGAAUGGACUGUCGUCCUUCAAUUGGACUGUGCUGAGUUGCCUACCUCGGCUUGAAGAACUGCAUCUAAGCAAAAACGAGCUGGAUCACGUGACCGCAAGUCUCUCCUCACUGACUCGCCAGCUGAAGGUGUUGGAUCUGAGCCACAACAGGAUAGCACAGCUCUCUGGGUUAUUGCUCUCAGCCACUCUGAGUUUGAGGAUUCUGGAUCUCAGUCAUAAUAGUCUGACCACCCUCAAUGCGACCACUUUCCAGACGGGUCAGCCUGACUCACUCCAAACGCUUCGAUUGGAGAAUAACCCCUUCCGCUGCACGUGCGACCUUCUGGACUUCAUCCUGUGGAUUCGCUACAGCCCUGUAUCACUGCCCAACCUGGUGACCAAAGUGCAGUGUAACCUCCCAGAGUCCAAGAGAGGCAGAUCUAUCAUGCUAUCGGACAUUGACAUCUGCCUUAAUGAUGACCUCGCUCAAAUCCUCUAUACCGCCACUUCCUCUAUAGUGAUCUUAGUACUGUCCAUCGCUGUUUGCGCUCACCUCUUUUAUUGGGAUGUGUCGUACAUCUUUAGCUUCUUGAAAGCGAAAGUGAAAAGUCAACGGCCAAACUCUGCCCAGUACAUGUACAACGCUUUCAUCAUGUACGACACCAGUGACCCGCUUGCCUCUGAUUGGGUGCUGCACUACCUGCGGGUUGAGCUGGAGGAGUGUGGUGGCGAGAGGGCCCGCCCUCUCUGCCUGGAGGAGCGGGAUUGGAUACCCGGCAUGCCCGUCCUGGACAACCUCUCGCAGAGUGUGCGUCUGAGCAGGAAAACGGUCUUUGUGCUGACCGAAAGCUUCCUGGGCAGCAGCCUGUUCAAGAUGGCGGUCUUCCUGGCCCACCAGCGGCUCCUGGAGGAGGGGGUGGACGUGAUGGUGCUGCUGCAGCUGCAGCCGGUGCUGCAGAGGUCCCGCAUCCUCGGCCUGCGCCGCUGCCUGAGACAGAGCAGCGUGCUCGAGUGGCCGGUCAACCCUGCUGCCCACAGCUGGUUCUGGCAGCAGCUCCGCAGCGCCGUGCUUACCGAGAGACCGGCCAAACACAGCAGCCUGCACAGGAGGUACUUCUCUGGACGCUAGAGAGCCUCAGGGACCGAGAAGACAUGCACCGAGAAACCGACCAAAGACAUCAGCCACUAGAGCGCCCCGAGGACCGAGGGGAAUUUAGGUUCUGGGUCUGACAUCACAGUGUUCCUGUUUAUUCAGCCCACACACAGCAGAUUGCAUUAUAAGCACUUACAGGAUGCUAGAGCAUCUCAGAGAAAGGGGUCACCUCAGAGAGACAGUCACCUCAAAGAAAUUAUCACCUGACACCAUGUCUCACCUGUACCUGUUUCAUCAGCCAACACACAGCAGGAUAAGCAGGAUAUACUUUUCCAGUCACAAAAUUCCUCCGAGAGCUGCUGACUGUGACCCACUAGAUCAGUCACAUCACCACCAGUGGACCGAAGGACUGC